CAUAUAUGAUUCAAAAUAAGAAAAAUAUGAAAAGUGUUCUAGGUCCCUAUACAAAUUAAUUCAAAAUAUUCUCCACGUCCAGCCUUUUUUUUGGUCGAAAGCAUUACGAUUGACUUGAAUAGUAAAAUCGUUUUUUUACCUUAGGCUUUCUUAUAUUGUUGUUAAAAAAAUAGUUUCAUUUUAUGUUCAUGUAUGAUUCAUGGACGUAGUAAGUGUUCAUAGCAUAUCACUACGUCAAAUGAAUCAUAUAUUAUUCAUAAAAAAAAUUAUUAUAAGGGAUUAUUACGUUAUAGUUCUUCAUUAGACGUGAUUAUACACUUUAAAAGCAUGUUUUAAAAACACUGCACAUAAAUUAGAUUGAAAUUAUCAGGUCAUCUUUAGAUUUUUUUCCUUACAAACAUGAAGAAAAUUAAAAAUAUUUGUAAUAAAGGAGUCACAGGACAUACAUAUAAUAUACCUACAUAAAUUGAAAAUGGACAUGGAAAUUGAGGAUUUCAGUUCUGGAAGUGAAUCAGAUUAUCAACCAACAGAAACUGAUACUGACACGUCGUAUGAUCUUUCUGAAAAUGAAGAUGAUGAAGAACAAAUUUCUGGCAAUGGAAUCUCAUCCGAUGCCACUGAGCUUGUUUGGCAUGAAGAAGUUUUACCAAAUUGCAGAGAGCAAUUUACUGGAAUUUCUGGGAUUCAUCGAAUUGAUGCCAUCACAAAUGAAAAUGGAAAAAUUGAUUUUGUAAAAAUUUUUGAAAACUUGCUAACAGCGGAUAUUGUCAUGGAAAUGGUUGAAAAUACCAAUACAUUUCUUAAGAUCAGCACGAACGUCUGCAUUUAA